AGCGGAGCCGUCUAGGAAGCGGCAGCCGCGGGUCACCCAGCUCGGAGCAGCCGCCGAGCCUCGGCCAGACCACAGCGUUUAGGGCUUGGGCACCGGCAAGAUGUCUCUGUUCACUGCAAACCCCUUCGAGCAAGACGUGGAAUAAGAAAAGAACAAAGACAAGAAAUGAAUAGAUGGACCCGUGAACAGAAUGAAAUCCGAAUGAAAUUACAUCUAGUUUCCCCUGGAAGUCAACUGUGAAGCACUAAGCAGAAAAAGCCACAAAUGAGUACAACACUACAGAAGAUUGGAGUCUUAUUAUGGACAUAUGUGACAAAGUUGGGAGCACUCCUAAUGGAGCAAAAGAUUGCCUAAAAGCCAUAAUGAAAAGGGUAAAUCAUAAGGUUCCUCAUGUUGCUCUGCAGGCGUUAACUCUUCUUGGGGCUUGUGUGGCAAACUGUGGAAAGAUAUUUCAUUUAGAAGUAUGUUCCCGUGAUUUUGCAACAGAAGUACGUGCUGUGAUAAAAAAUAAGGCUCAUCCUAAAGUGUGUGAAAAACUGAAAUCUUUAAUGGUGGAGUGGUCAGAAGAAUUUCAGAAGGAUCCUCAGUUUAGUCUAAUAUCUGCAACUAUUAAAUCUAUGAAAGAAGAAGGAAUUACUUUUCCUCCAGCAGGUUCUCAGACUGUCUCAGCUGCUGCCAAGAAUGGUACAUCAUCGAACAAAAACAAAGAAGAUGAAGACAUAGCUAAAGCUAUUGAAUUAUCAUUACAAGAGCAGAAGCAGCAGCACACAGAAACAAAAUCCUUAUAUCCAUCUGCAGAAAUUCAGUUAAAUAAUAAAGUUGCAAGGAAAGUGAGAGCUUUAUACGAUUUUGAAGCCGUUGAGGACAAUGAACUUACUUUUAAACAUGGUGAAAUUAUUAUUGUUUUGGAUGACAGUGAUGCCAAUUGGUGGAAAGGAGAAAAUCACAGAGGAACAGGACUCUUCCCAUCUAAUUUUGUAACAACUAAUUUAAACAUAGAGUCUGAGGCAGCAGCUGUGGACAAAUUGAAUGUAAUUGAUGAGGAGGAGGAGGAAAUUAAGAAAUCAGAGCCUGAGCCUGUUUAUAUAGAUGAGGAUAAGAUGGAUAGAGCCCUGCAGGUACUCCAGAGUAUAGAUCCAACAGAUUCAAAACCAGACUCCCAAGACCUCUUGGAUUUAGAAGAUAUCUGCCAACAGAUGGGUCCAAUGAUAGAUGAAAAACUUGAAGAGAUUGAUCGGAAGCAUUCAGAAUUGUCUGAAUUGAAUGUAAAAGUCUUGGAAGCCCUGGAACUAUAUAACAGGUUGGUGAAUGAAGCACCAGUAUAUCCAGUCUAUUCAAAGCUCCAUCCUCCAGCACAUUACCCACCUUCAUCAGCUGGGGUUCCAAUGCAGACAUACCCAGUUCAAUCGCAUGGUGGAAACUAUAUGGGUCAAAGCCUUCACCAAGUCACUGUGGCCCAAAGCUACAGCCUAGGACCAGAUCAGAUUGGUGCACUGAGAUCUCUGCCUCCAAAUGUAAAUUCCUCAGUGACAACACAGCCUGCACAGACUCCAUAUUUAAGCACUGGACAAGACACUGUUUCCAACCCUACUUACAUGAACCAGAACUCUAACCUUCAAUCAGCUGCUGGUACAGCUGCUUACACACAGCAGAUGGGGAUGUCUGUGGAUAUGUCAUCGUACCGGAACGCUACUUCCAAUUUGCCGCAACUGGCAGGCUUUCCGGUGGCGGCUCCCGCUCAUUCAGUUGCACAGCAGCAAACAAAUUACCAUCAGCAGCCUCUUCUUUAGAACAAAGCAAGCAUUUUCUCCAAAGCCUUCAUAUGUGUAUUACUUGACCCCAGUGAUUCAAAUCUGAAAAUAUUUAAAAAAUAGUUUUUCUCAACUCAAAAGAACCAUGAAUAAGUAAAGCACAAAAACUUACCUUACUCUGCUAGGCCAUGAAAGGAUUUUUUCAGCCCAAUUUGUUUGAAGUCAACUUUUGAUGAGAGGCAGCUUCAGGUAGCUUCCAGUUAAUCCUGUCUUCCUUUCAGAUCUCUCUACACAAAUCUGGACACCCAAUCAGUAGCCUUAUGACACUAAACAGUAGGAGAUAAAAUUUUACUUUAAAGAAACCGUUAAUCCUUAAAAUGUCAUGAUAAUUGGGAGUGCACUCAAACCUUUGAAUAUUUUUUUUGUCUGCGUGUUUUUUCAGUAUUCCCCACAAACCAUUAUUUUAAAAGGCGAACUUCCUUCUGGGUGAGCAUUUAGCUUGCCAACAAAUUUCCCUUGGCUCCUUAAAUUGCGGUUGUGUUUGCAGUCCUGUCAGUUUUGCUCUCUGGUUAUGUUGAGUAAUAAUUAGCAUAUAAUUGUCGACAGAAGCAAGAGCAGUUUGGAAGGAGCAAAGAUGUUUUCUGUAGUUAACAGUGAAGACCAUAUAAAUGCAGACAUAUGAUAAAGCAUUUAGCUAGUCCCCAGUCCUGCCAGCAGUGAGCUAAGGAAUGCCCCACUCCCUGCAGAUAAACAUUUCUUUUCUAACAAGGCUCCCUUGUACUUAGAAUUGCCACUAAUGACCUUUUAAAGUGACGUUGGCCAUCCUCUAAUAAGUGUGGUGUGUGCAGAGAUGCUGCAUUUUCUUUUUACGGAUUACAUGUGAAUUUGAGCCAUGAGACAUUCCUAGUAAUUUGAUGUGAUAUAUCCCAAGCAUGAAUAAUAAGUGUUCUUAUUGCUGUGUUGUUUCUUUAAAGAGGCAAUUCAAGUACCAUUGCUAUGCCAGGCUGUUGAAAAAUUUGGCCAUUCCUUUCAGAGAUAAUUCUGAGCCUGUGGGAUAAUAGCAGGCAACAGAUUGAUAGGGAAGCUAUCAAGACAGUUUUUCUGAAGCCUACAUUUUAUAAAUUAGUUUAUAGUGCUAAUAGAUUCCACAUACUGUAGGAGUUAGAUAGUAAACCAGUAGGGAAUGUUUUCUCCUAAAAAUUCAUACACUACUGCAUCAUCUACCACUUUUUAGACAAUGGAAUAGAAGAUGGUGAAUACAUAUGCUUACAGGUACUUGGUACUUAGACUGGGAAAACAAAGGACAGAAGUGGUUACUUGCCUGGAAGCCAGAUUUCUAAAUUGUUUUUUUAAAGAAAGCCCUUAAUCUUUCUGCCAAGGAUCCAUUUGAAGACAGUGUGCUGGAAAUUUUUAUCAUUUAUCUAUUUACAGAAAUUUAAUGAUAAGUAUGUUCUUUUUUCAAAGAAACUGUCCGAAAAUAAAAGUCUACAUACUACUUGGUCUACAUUUAAAGGAAAAAACAAGCAGUAUUUGAAAGCCUAAUUUCUGUAAUUGUCUCAUUUCAGAUAGAAGUAGCUGAAAAAGUUUUAACCUUGAGUAUGUCACGUUCUUUUUUUCAUCCAGUAUUUUUCUUCCAUGUGAAUUCGUUUAUACACUCAUAAAAAAACUUCUAAAAUGGCACCUUAUUUUUUUUGGAAACGAAACUUCUGUUCUUUAAAGAAAAAACAAAAAAAGCAUUUACGAAGCUGCUCUUGAUAAUAGUUCAUGUUUGCAUAUAUAUCGAAAAUCUUAAUGUUUUUUCCACCCAAACAGUAUUUAAUAAAGUUAUUUUAAUGUUUCUGUAAAUAUUUCAUGUAUAAUUGUGUUCUGAAUUGUAAAAGCUUAAUUCCGCUUAAGUCUUUGAACUAGGGGAAAUAUGGCACACCCACUAAAUUGGGAUCAGCCAAUUAAGUUCACCAAAUGUAGUUUUGGAAUAACAUAACAGGUGACAUGUAUAUAUGCUGUAUAUUGGCAUUUAUCUGUGAAAUUUUAUACAUCCAGAAGUUUCUUCUCCCUCUUAAAUUAAAAACAAUUUUAUUUUGGCCAUACUGUAAUGAAUUCUGUGUUGCAGGUUGUUGAUAGUAUAAAAAUGUUACUAAAUCUGUGUACUAAGAUGAUAUUUUUGGUGUUAAUAGGAAAUAACAGGGUUAUUUUUCUUUCUUUUCCAUGAUCUUAUGGGUUAUAUUUAUUUUAAGAUCUCUUUAUAAUUAAAUGUUUUCUGCCAAAGGAAUUGUCUAAUACCAGAUUUCUACAUUGGGUUCAUACUUGCUGUUUUAUAAAAAAAUAAAAACAACUUCUGCAUUUUCAUAUGAAAUCUUGGUACAUUAGAAAAAAUUUCUGAAAAUUUAUAAUAAAAUCACUUUUCAUCAAUGUAGAAUUUCCCUUGGGUGUUAAAAUAUAUGGAGUGGUGGGAUAUAUAAAAUAGUUUGGAAAAUGUAUGGUCUACCAACAUUGUCUUGUAAUUUGGUAAUUUACAAAAUUACCUGAAUAUUAAAUAAUUACAAUAUUUAUCAAUUAGGAUUUUAAAUUAUUUGCAGAUACAUUGUCAUCUGAUUCUAUUUCAAGUAGUUGAUAAGUUGACCACAUAACAAAUUUCACUACAUUUUGAAGAUGAUUAUAAAGUUUCACUUUCCAAAAUUUUUAAAAAUUUAUUUUGAAUAUUAAAACUAUUAUGGCUUAGAUCUUUUAAAAAGUUUUCAUUGUAAAAAUCGUAAGUGUCUGGUCUCUUCUAGGAGAGGAUUUAUUGAACUGUUAUGAGAAAGCUCAAGUUAUUUUUGUAAGUAAUAAAUUAUAAAUAAUAGAGCACCAACCUAUCAUGCUUUGUUUCUGUGAAAAGACAUGUUUCUUAUUUACUUACAUCAGUUUUAGUCAGUAAAUGAAGGGAGGAUUCAUUUCUAGGGAUUUAAUUUUUUUGUUGUUAGUACAAUUUAGUUUCUUUUGGAGAUUAAAGUUGGGUUUGUUUUUUUUUUUACAUUUUCCCCAGAAGAAUUUUUCUAAUUUUACCAAACUAAGUUUGAAUUAGAGUUCUCUAAAAACCUUACUGUGUCAAAAAAAAGAAAUUACGUAGCUUACAUAGUGUAGUGGGAGGAAUCGUGUCCCCCCAAAAUUCAUGUUUGCCUAGAAUGUCAGAAUGUGACCUUAUUUGGAAAAAGAGGUUGCAGAUGUUGGAAGUUAAGGACCUUGAGGUGAGAUCAUUCUGGAUUUAAGGCAGCCUUAUAAGAAGAGACACCCAGACGCACAAGGUAGACGAGGCAUGUAAAGAUGGAGCAGAGACUGGAGUGAUGCUACCUCGGGUCAGUGAUGGCCUGGGGCCGCCACGAGCUGGAGGAAGCAUGGAAGGAUUCUCCUCCAGAGCCUUCAGAGAGAACACAGCCCUGCUGACUUCCUGAUUUCAGAUUUCUAGCUUCAACCUGAGAGAGAAGACAUUUAUGUUGUUUAAAACCACUAAAUUUGUUAUGGCAGCCCUAGGAAUCUAAUAAACAUAGAUAAAGGUAUACAGCAAAAUCUGAGUACCAACCAUUUCAAACUUCCAUAAGAGUGGGUAAGAUUGUCGCAGGAGUUCAGAGACAAAUGUCUGCAGUCCAGUAGUAGCACUUUUAUUAUCUUUUCUAUAUUCUAAUGAAAUUGCAUGGAUAAAUGAAACUGAUCUCUGUCAACCUCAUAAUCCCAUUUUACUGGUAUUUUUUUGUUUGUUUGUUUUACAUCACAUCUCAAUAAUUCCUUAUGUCAGAGAUGGUAACAAGAUUAUAAUUUAUGACUAUCCACUCUUCUGUCCAUCUUGAGUAGUGAGUAUUGAAUGAAAAGGAGAAUUGUUCAAAGGCAAGCAGACAAACAGAAGACACAAAACUGGUGGAUGGGUAUUUCCCACAAAGGCUACUAAAGAAUGGAAUUUGGUCUUCUUAUUGUACACCAUUUCAUAUCCUAAUGAGGAAAAUAAAGGCUUUCCAAUACUUUUA